CAAGCUAUCGCAAAAAUCGAUUUGAUUACAGUGUAACAGCUGGCUAAAAACGAGAGAGCUCUGAUGGACUUUUCCACGAUGAUUUAGAACAGUGCACAUACUUAUCCACCAUAGGACGAAUACGCCGUGUUUUGUAAUAUUUUAGUCCACACAUGAUGUUUUCAGUAUUUUGGACUAUACUCGUUUUAUGUGUUUCUGGGAUACACUCAGUCCAUAUAGAGGAAGCACAAUGUCACCCAGAAGAAGUCCACAUUACGUUUGGCGACAAAGUGUCAGAUGUCGUCAUCAUGUGGUCAACAGUCGGUAAUUGUUCCAGUUCGGUAGAGUAUGGCCCUGGACCCUGGGGAUUAGCACACAGGGCCCAAGGGGAGACCAAGCUGUUUACAGAAACCAACCCCAACGGAAAGCAUUACCUCCACAGGGUUGAGGUUAAGGACCUUGGUAGUUCCACGACAUAUUUCUACAGACCUACCAGCAAUGGAGUUAGCAGCGGACCAUUCUACUUUAAGACACCGCCUUCUGGAUAUGAUUGGAGCCCGGAGUUUUUGGUAUAUGGGGAUUUGGGCGUGGAGUCUGAUGCGAUCGCUGCUCUGGAAACGGAAGCUUUGUCAGGGAAAUAUACGUCAAUUUUUCACGUUGGUGACUUUGCAUACAAUAUGGAGGACGAAGGAGGAAUGCAAGUAAAUGACACGCACAAAAAUGACACGUCCAUGGAUUUGUGCGAAAAUAAGAGAGGAGACACGUUUUUACGUUUAAUAGAAGAUUUUUCUUCUAGAGUGCAAUAUCUGACAUCUCCAGGAAACCAUGAAAUAGACCAAGGCAGUUUCGCCCAUUACCGGUAUCGGUUUUCUACGCCCGGUACAUCCUGGCCCAUCCCCCUAAACAGAUUGUGGUACAGCAUAGACAUAGGACAAGUGCACUUUGUCAGCUAUUCCUCGGAAGUGUUUUUCACGUCCGAUGGACAAUACAUUGCUGAACAAGAAAAAUGGCUGAAGGCAGAUUUGAAGCAAGCAAACGACAACAGAGCUCGUUGUCCGUGGGUCAUUGUUCUGGGUCACCGCCCAAUGUACUGCUCCAAUAGUGAUGGAGAUGACUGCACAAAGGCAGAUUCUAAAGUUCGCGCCGGAUUAGAGGACAUUUUCUUCAACUAUGGAGUCGACAUAGUUCUACAAGCACACGAGCAUUCUUAUGAGCGACUGUGGCCUCAGUAUAAAGGAGUCGUACUCAGCAAGAAUUAUACAAAUCCACAGGCACCAGUUCAGCUCAUCUCGGGGGCAGCAGGGAGCAAGUAUAAAGGAGACAACGAAAAAGCCAGGAGAGAAGAAUGGUCUGCCUUUGCAAAUACAGAUGAAUCAUUAAACAGCGUGGGUAAAUUGAAAAUUAUGAAUUCGACGCACUUGUAUUGGGAGCAAUAUAAUUUGUUAACAAAACGUGUGAUUGAUUCGGUGAUUAUCGUACAAGAUAACCACGGUCCAUUCAAAAAACAAAAAUUAUCCAACGAUGUCACGCAGAAAAUUGAAAAAGUAAAGCAAAAGGAGAAAGAGAGGAUCGAAAACUCGAAGGUUAUUCCGUCUCCGCCAAAUCAUCACAGAGAACCUGGUAAUUCAUCCGAGAGAACGAAGUCUUUAGGCACCGGUCAAAAAAUAAAGGAAAUGUUGACUCACGUUGAUAAACGAAUAGCGAUUGGGGUUGGUAGCGGAGUUGGUGCUCUUAUUUUAUUGAUUGUGGUAAUUUGUGUUGUAAAAAAGAAGAGAGCGGCUACUGUGCGGAAGUAUCGAAGAUGGGACGAUAAAGUUGAUUACGGAAGGAAGUUCUAUUCUAGUUACAAUCACGUGGAUUCUGGAGACAAGGAAGCAGACGACUUUGAAGUUGACGUCAGUGAUGGCAAUCUGCCAACAAGUAAACUUUUAACAGACGACCGGAAAUGACGUGUACAUGUGUACUAACCAAUGGUGUUCUUCAUAAAGCCAAAGUCCAAUGUGUGGUCAAAUAUAAAAGAAAUGCUGGCUCUUGCCAUUCAGCCAGUUGUGUGCCAAAUUCCAUAAAGAACAAAUAUCAACGAACAUACGUGGGAAAUUAUUAUGUUAACAAUCAAUUGUAUCAAUAAAAUGAUAUAAUUCAAAGAAACAUUUAUACUGCACACUGGUCAACCGUUCGUGUCUGGUGUCGAACAUAUACUAUAGUAACUCUUGAAAUUUUACGUUUAUUAAUUCAAAAUAAUUUUUAAUUUGCAAGGUUCUUAAGUGCAGUGAUGCAUCAUGUAGAUAUGCACAUCGAACUAAGAACGAAUAUCGAUUUUUUCUAGGUAAUAAGACUGAGCAGGGUUAUCUAGAAAAAAUCUAUGAAAUAUAAAAUAUGUUACUCAGACCCAUGUGAUCUACUUUGACAUGAGUCAUAACUGUAUCUAGUCAUAAGAUGAAAAAAAUCUUCAUUGCUAAUAUUUCUCUCAUUCAACUAUCUUUACUCUUAAAAAUCCUCAAAAUUUCAAUGUUUCUAAUUGAAAUAAGUAAGGACAAGGUACUGCACCAGCAACAUUUCUCGGGAUGUAUUUAAAAUAAAAUGGAUAAAGACAAACAUAUUAACAGGUUUUUAAAUUUUAAUUCCCCUCAAAAUGAAUUUGAGGAAGCGCUAACAUUUAUAGCUGCUGAGGUAAUGUGCACGUGUUUUUGUUUUUGUUUUUUUUUUUACAUUUAGUGCUAUUUUAAAAUGCACUGUAGUUUUUUGAAGUUUUUAAAAAUAAUUUAAAGACGUAAAUUGCCUUCUUGAAAAGGGAGAGCUUAUUGUGUUCCAUUUUCACUAUUAAGCGUAUUCUCUGGAAGAUGCAUCAAACGUAUUCACAGUCGUCAAAGCAUUGAAAAUCUGUCAGCUAGUGUUAAGUAUUUAUAAAUAGGAUUGCUAAACUCAGAUGGAAAUACAAUUCGCUUGGAAACACGUCUAUUUUAUAUGAGAUUUGUAGAUUGUUACUGAACGAAUUUGCAUGAUAAAUUUAUCAGUAUUCAGUGUUGCUUGUGGUUGUCUCUUCACUUUUUUGUACAGUUGAUGUAUAGAAUUUUUCUAAAUGUUGUUCUGGCAAAAGGUUUGACGUUGUGAAUUAGGGCGCCCUAUUGGGUGUACAUAUAUUCAUGUUGUGCUGGUGGAGGGUUGAUGUUGUCUAGUUGUUUUGGUAAAAUGUUGUUUCGGAUAAGGGUUGAUGUGGUUGUUGUUGUCAAAUAUUUUGUGUGAUUCCAUUGCGUUUUAAGAAUGUAUGUGUUGUCAUUUUUUGGAAAAAUAUUUUUUGUUGUCAUGAGAGGUUGAGAUGGUCGAUAUUUUUAAAAUGUUGUUUUGGUGAAGAGUUUGUGUUGUCAAAGGUUUUGGUUUGUGUGUUGUUUGGGCGAAGGGUUGUUGUUGUCUACGAUUUUAUGUGUUUUGGCGCCUUCUUGAAGGGUUGAUGUUGUAAAAGUUUUAAUGUGUUGUUUUUGGUGUUGUAAAGGUUAGGUAGUUGUUGUUUUGGUGAAGGGAUGAUGUUGUCAAGGUUUGAUGUGUUAUUUUGGUGGUGGGUUGUUGUUGUUGUAGAGUUAGUGUUGUUUUGUGAUUGGUUGGUGUUGUAGAGUUGGUAUUGUCAGGAAUUCGGGGUAAGUUGUUGUUUUGGUGAAGGGAUGAUGUUGUCAAGGUUUGAUGUGUUAUUUUGGUGGUGGGUUGUUGUUGUAGAGUUAAUGUUGUGUUGUGAUUGGUUGGUGUUGUAAAGUUGGUGUUAAUGUCAGGAAUUCGGGGUGUUAUUUUCGUAUAAAUGGUUAUUGUUUUCAGAAUUUUAUACCUGCAGGUGUGUUUUAUCGCUGUAGUAAAGUGUUAAAGCACGGUUGUGUAGUACAUUCGUUUGUUACAGUAUAUAGGAGUUUUAUACGUCCAUUUUAUUGAAUUAUUUGUUAAGAAAAUGAUCAAAUUAUUCAAUUUUGAUUGUUUCAAUGAAGAAUUUGUUUUCUAUUGCUUUCUUGACGAUAAAACAUAUUUUUUGUGUGGUACCAUAUGCAAAGGUAGAUUCACUAGUGUACUAGUAUGUUAUUCUCGCCAUUUAUGGGUUUUGUUGCGCGUAUGUCUAUACUCCUAUUUUGCAAUAGUGAACAGAAAUGGACAGAUUUUCAGCUGUAUUUGUAAGGUUGAGCUACUAGUUUUUCUUUGUGUAAAAUGGAGAAUUUGCAGUUGCGUGUUCCUAGUUUGGAAUAGUUGAACAAAUAGUACAUAUCUUCUGCUAUGUCUCAUUGUAAGUUUGAGCUACUGUUUUCCCCCGCUAGUCAAGUAUUUGUCGUAAUGGAGUUAGAAUACAACGGGUAACAUAGGGUUAAUUUAGGCGACUGUGGAUACUUUGAAUUUGAUCUAUCUUCAUUUUCAUAAGUAAAAAAAUUUGAAUGUUUAUCUUACUGAUAUAUAAAUUAAAACAUUUUUAUGAAUAAAAUUUAAGUUGUAUACUGUUCAUGGUCACUCAAGGAGGGAUAUAGCUUUCAUAUGUAUGUUCUAAGUGAUGUGUAUAGAUAUUUUAGACGAUGUUACAUGAUGCAUUGUUUUUUCUCUACUGCUGUACUUAUAUACUUGAUUUUCAUAGAACUUGACCAAACUUGAUCAUUUUUAUCACAGCAUUAGUCAUGUAAUCCAUUUUGUUGUUCAUUUUCAAUUAGUCCAUAGGAUGAUUUAGUUUGACCUGUCAUCGUGUAUGCAUUUUUACAAUGAUAUUUUGUAUUUUCUGGUGCUGGUGGAGGAUUGAAAUAUAUACAUGAAUGUUAACCUUUUUUAGUAUAAAAAUCUGAAUAAAUAAUACAUGAAACCGCA